AUGGCGAUCUUCCGGACAACACUGCUUCUAUUGCUAAUCCUCUUCUGCCUCACCACAUAUGAGAUUCAGGUUCAUGCCGCUGAAGGCGCAGCGGGAGGUGAAGGCGCAGUUAAAAUCGAUUGCCGUGGGAGAUGCCAAGGAAGAUGCAGCAAAUCGUCGAGGACGAAUCUGUGCUUGAGGGCAUGCAACAACUGUUGCUCACGCUGCAACUGUGUGCCACCUGGUACACACGGAAACCACCACCUCUGCCCUUGCUAUGCCUCCAUUACCACUCGCGGUGGCCGCCUCAAGUGCCCUUGA